GGAAGGAGCGCACUGCCGGAGCUGCCGGGAGAGAGAGAGAGAGAGAGAGAGAGAGGGAGGGAGAGGGAGAGAGACAGACAGAGAGAGCGAGAGAGAGAGAGAGAGAGAGAGAGAGAGAGAGAGAGAGGGCAUAGAAGAGCGAAGUGAAGAAACGCACAGUUUGUAGGAGGAGAGCGCAGAGGCUGCACGUUUAUUUUCUCCCGAUCAGUUUUACGCACGCACGCCGAAGCUGCCUCUUCCAGAAGAUCCACUGUUUUCUUUUGCGCAAGAACAGACUGUUAUCGGGACAGUGUAUUAAGAGGAAAAUCGAUGGGAAUAUAUAUAUAUGUGUAUAUGUAUAUUCUGUAAAUCACUUGUCCUUUUGCUAAGUGAAUGCGCCAGAGGGAAAGAGAGACAGGGCAAAAGAUUUGGGGAUAUUUUAUCGAAACGAGGAGACCAGUCCCUUGAGACUUUUUCAGGUUUUGUCAAACUUAAUGGUUCUUGGCAGAUGUUUCUGUUGGUUGCUGAUGGUUUCAAUCAGUGAUUUCUUAUCUGUUUUCUGAUUGUGUCUGUCAUCGGUGUUGACGGGGUCUAUAUUCCCACGCGCUCUGUGACUGACAGAGGGACACAGUGCUGCUGUCUGUGCGCACCGACAUGGAUUUUGAGGCUUUAAAAAUGUGUUUCGAGUAGAAACUGCGCUGAUUUCAGAUCUCCUUUCACAGAUUGCCGCUUUCAGUGUCCCCGAGAGAAGCAGUGGCACACACGGACAUAACUCAUACUGCAACCCGGCGUUUGUAGUGGAUUUUUGGACACUACUCGUGUUGCGCUUGAAAGAAACUGUGGCAAAGAAGAGGGGAAAGGGGACUUUGGACUGCAGCUUUGUCUAAGAUAAACAUAAUAAAAAGGAGGAGAGGAGCUGAUUUUUCUCCACACCCAAGGGAAAAAAGAUGGAUUUAUUCAUGUGGCUUUGUGGAUGUUUACUGGCUUUUCUUUUGCCUUCAUCAGUCAAAGCAGAGGAAGGAGCGUCUGAACCAUGCGGUGGCUAUUUAGAUGCCAGCGACGCCGGUUACAUCACCACCCCCGGCUACCCACUUGAGUACCCACCUCAUCAGAACUGCCGCUGGGUCAUCACAGCCCCCGAACCUUCGCAACGUAUCGUCCUAAACUUCAACCCACACUUUGAGAUAGAGAAACUGGACUGCAGGUAUGACUACGUAGAAAUCCACGAUGGGAACUCAGAGACAGCCGACCUACUAGGAAAGCACUGCAGCAACAUCGCCCCUGCACCGAUCAUAUCAUCAGGCCCCUCGCUCCACAUCAAGUUCGUAUCUGACUACGCUCACCAGGGGGCGGGCUUCUCGCUGCGCUAUGAAAUCUUUAAAACUGGUUCGGACUGUUCCCGUAACUUUACAAGUCCCUCAGGUCUUAUCGAGUCCCCGGGCUUCCCCGACAAAUACCCUCACAACCUGGAAUGCUCCUUCAUCAUCAUCGUCCCCCCCAGCAUGGAUGUAAGCCUUACCUUCCUCACGUUUGACCUGGAGAACGACCCCCUGCCGGGCGGAGAGGGGGACUGCAAGUACGAUUGGCUGGAGGUGUGGGACGGGCUUCCAGGAGUGGGCCCUCUUAUUGGUCGAUACUGUGGGACCAGGGUGCCUCCUGAAAUCCAAUCAUCUACCGGGAUUCUCUCUCUGUCUUUCCACACCGACAUGGCUGUGGCUAAAGACGGUUUCUCAGCUCGAUACAACAUGACACACAAGGAAGUCAGUGAGACUUUCCAUUGUAGUAACGCAUUCGGUAUGGAGUCAGCAAAGAUCACAGACGACCAGAUCACAGCUUCAUCGAGUUUCUACGACGGACACUGGCUGCCUCGCCAGGCCAGACUCAACUACAAUGACAACGGAUGGACGCCCAAUGAAGACAGCAACAGGGAAUACAUACAGGUGGACCUCCACACUUUGAAGGUGCUUACAGGCAUCGCCACACAGGGCGCCAUUUCCAAGGAAACACAAAAGUCUUACUAUGUCACUACAUUCAAGCUGGAGGUCAGCACCAAUGGAGAGGACUGGAUGGUCUACAGACAUGGCAAGAAUCAUAAGGUUUUCCAUGCCAACACUGACCCCACAGAGGUGGUUCUCAAUCGGAUCCCGCAGCCAGUCCUGGCCCGCUUCGUACGAAUCAGACCUCAGACGUGGAAGAAUGGCAUCGCUCUGCGGUUUGAGCUUUACGGCUGUCAGAUUACGGACGCUCCCUGCUCAGAGCUGCAAGGCAUGUUGUCUGGGCUGCUACCCGACUCCCAGAUUUCUGCAUCCUCGAUGAGGGACAUCCACGGUUCCAUGGGUGCAGCCAGGCUGGUGGCCAGUCGGUCAGGCUGGUUUCCCAACCCGACACAACCCAUAGCUGGAGAGGAGUGGCUGCAGGUGGACCUUGGUGUGCCCAAGAUGGUGCGUGGCAUAAUAACACAGGGUGCCAGAGGGCUGGAGGGUAGCACCAGCACUGAGAACAGAGCGUUUGUCAGGAAGUACAAACUGGCGCACAGCUUGAACGGCAAAGACUGGACCUACAUCCCUGACAGCAAGACCGGGUUUGCUAAGAUUUUUGAGGGAAACAGCCACUACGACACUCCGGAGGUGCGGAGGUUUGAAGAGAUAGUGACCCAGUACAUCAGAGUCUUUCCGGAGAGGUGGUCGCCUGCUGGCAUCGGCAUGAGGAUGGAGGUCCUCGGCUGUGACCUGCCUGAAACCACCACUUUACCUGACACAGCGACCCCCACCCUGCCCAGAGUGGAACAGACCACUGCAGCAAUGAGACCCGCCACCACUCCGUCCCUGUCGGCCGUAUGUGACUUUGAGCAGAGCUUGUGCGGCUGGUCGGCUGAUCCCCAGUCAGGUGUGAGCUGGUCCCUUCACACCGCCAGCGGCGGUUCAAGCGGACACGGCACACACGGAACGAGGCUGGAUAUGGUGCUAGGAUCAGACAACUUCUCAGGGAACUACCUCCACCUUGACGCAGGCGCCCACACCCAGCGCAAGCGAGCCCGGCUGCUGAGCCCCGAGGUGGGGCCGGAGCGAGGUCCGCUCUGCCUCGUCUUCUAUUACCAGCUACAGGGGGAGGCGCAAGGGAGCCUGAGGGUCCUGCUGAGGGACAGCGACCAGGAGGAGUCACUGUUAUGGGCUCUAAAAGGAGACCAGGGGCCUCAUUGGAAGGAGGGACGCACCAUUCUGCCCCAAAGCCCCAAGGAGUAUCAGGUGGUGUUUGAAGGUUUUUUUGAUCACCCGACCAGAGGCCACAUCAGAAUAGAUAACAUCCACAUGAGCAACAGCAUCGAGCUGGAGCAGUGUACACAGCCUUUCCCCGCCUUAACUCCUGGCAUAACCAGGAGCGCCAUGCCUGUGAUCGAGCCCACAGUAGACACAGUGGCAGUGAAGGAUGUCCCUGCCUAUUGGUACUAUCUGUUGGCAGGAGGAGGUGCCCUCUUGCUGCUGGUUACUGUAACUGUGGUGGUGAUACUGUGCUGCCAUCGUUACCACGGCGCGACCAAGAAGACGAGCGUUAGCCAUCAUCAUUCAGUGAUGUAUCACAACAGCCAACAACCAAAUCAGCAAGGUCACCAAAACUCCUGCCACAACCAAAACGCCAGCUAUAAUCUGAUCCACAGCCCCAACCAAAACCCCCUGUGCCAAGGCAGCAGGCCAAGCCCUGAGCCCAUGCUUACCAUCAGACUGGAGAAAGAUGACUAUGAUUCCCAGUGUUGAAACCUGGACUACAUGUGAAUUAUACAAUUUCAUUUGAAUACUUUGUUCAGAUACAGUGAUCAAAGGGUGUGAAAACACCUUGAAAUGAAGGAGCAGUAUUCAGCAUAAUCACCACUCUUCACUGAUGAGAAUCUACAUGAGCAAGACACUGCAGUUCCUGUUGCUGAUGAAUGAUCUAAUUGACUGAUCAGGAUGCACCUUCACUCAACUUCCUUGUUGGCUGGAACUGGCAGAUUAAUGAGAGAAAUACAAUUCCUGGUGUUUAAACUUUACCAACAUCCCUCUCUGAUGAGAGUAGAUGUCAGAACUUCAGUUUGCCAAUUUUGACAGUCGAUGAGACGGCUGAUAACAACUUUUUGGAUGCUCUUAAGAGCAUACUGGCUUCAACAGCUGCACCACAACCUGAAAAUUUGAUGGAUUGGAUUAUGAUCAGAAUAACAAGAAGAUCACAGGUAGACAGACUGCAACUGUCAAACAAAUGAGACACCUGUGUUGUAACAGCAUAUUUUCUUCUUCACUAAAUGUCAGAGCAGGAUCUGUCUGUCUUCCCUGCUCUGGUCUGCAGUUUGGACACUGCCUGCCUCCGACAGAGAGGAAAUUUACGCAACCCAGUGUGUUCAUGUACUACAGAAAGAUAGAAUGCUAUUUCUUUUGGACUGAGUGAAGCUGGUAUUUAUUUGUCCGCUAGCUUUUGAGAGACUGAGAGUGAGUGAAAGAGACAGAUAAAGAAAAGGGAGAGGUAUAGGAGGAAUUAGUGCUGCCUGUCCAGCCGUGAAAGAUAGACAGCUACACAUCCACCGUGUGUGUUGCUCCUUUGGUCUGUGAAAGAGGAAUCAUUGUUGUGCUGUUUUCUGCCUGGUUUACACAAGGGAAACAUAGGAUGAGACAGCUUAUGUCUCUGCACACCUAGAAACAAAUGUUUGCCAUCAAAAUACACAAACACAUACAUAUGCACGGACACAUCAAGACUUUUUACCGGCUCGUGAUUGAGUCUCAUGUUUGCAUUUGCCCUGAGUGCACUUGUCAUUUACAGUACACGACUAAAUACAUUCUGGAUAUGCCUUUUUUUUUUAAUCACCUCCUGAACGAGGUACAGUGCCUCAGUGUCAAAUUAGAGAUUAAUGGACUCUAUACAGUUUUUUUUUGCCUGGAUCUCAUGGAUAACUUAAUGCCUGUGUCUGUUAAUGUUCAAACUAAGCAUCAUUGUAUGUUCUACACACAUUAGACUGAGUGAAUGAAACAAAACAGAAAAACCAAAAUCAUAUAUGUAUCAAGGAUCUGAACCUGCAUUUACAUUUUUCUUCGUCGUCUGUGCAAGUCAAAAUCUUUACGUCUGUGUGUGUAAUCCUAGAUGACAAAUUCUGAAUUGUUGAGAUUCAAAAUCUUAUAUAUCAUAUUGGCCUGGUAACCUGAAAAUGUGGCUACAAAAAUUGUCUGUUUUGCUUCCAUUCAUCAGGUGAGACCAAGCAUAUGCUGUGACAAAAAAAAAAAGAAGCUUUUUUUACUUAUGAAGCCUUUAAGCAAAGCACUGAUCCAGGACCAGUGGUCAGUUCUUUUAGUCAUUUCAUUCACCAUAAUCUAUCAAGUAUGACUGAUUCCAGUGCAGCACUACUGUUACACACCUCACACAAGUUUGUUUUUUUGGAUGUAUUUUUAUUGAAUCAACUGUUAAACAGUGGAUAUGUCGGCAUUUAUUAUCACAUUUUUCCCUGAGUUGACAGAGUAUAGUACUCGACAAGUGUUACACGAUGCAUUUCUGAUCCUUUCUGUUACAAGUUAUAGUAACCUCAGCACUUUUUUGCUCAUUAAUAAUCAUUUUAUUGAAGGUUCUGAUGAUUUAUGAUAAUUUCUUACUUUUACUGUGAAUCUUAAGAUAGAAAUUAAAAUCAAACUUUGGGUUGGGUAUCAAUACUGUUUAUAAUAAUCAAAUGCCUUUUUGUUUUCUUUGUAAUUACGUGUUAGAGUGUGCCUAUGCUGUAUAAUAGUUCUACAAUGUUUAUUUUUUAUACUGACUGAGUUUUGUUUCAAAGUAACAGUUAUGUUUAUUGUGCUCACUGAGAUGAUCUUAACAAAAAAAAAUACUUAACUUUUCUUGACUUUGACAUGAAAAUAGCGAAUGUUUGUCCCUCAUUGAAAGCAUCCAGUUUUUUUUCCAGAUAGUGACGCAAAACUGAGGCAAAUCUUUAUGUUAUGUGUGAAGACUGAUGAGUAUUCUGGCAUUUUUACUUUAGAUCGAGAAGCCCACUAUUAAUCUCUAUUCUUAUCUACAACCUGUGAAAUUGGGCGUACUUGUUUUCUGAACUUUUCAGCUGCUCACCAUCUUGUGUGGUGUGCGCCCCCUACAUCAUUUUGUUCAUGCGCAAAUCCCCCAGCCCUUUUAUCAAAACCGGCUUGUUCCUAUUCUACUCCUUCCCUUCAUCGCAAAUCCUUCCAGUAAAAAAAAAACACAGGAGAGGAAAAUGAGAGGCAGAAAAGGAGGAGAGCAAAAUCUCUCAGAGGAGAAGAGCCCAUUAAGCGAGCCCCUUUUUCCUCCAAAGAAUGCGCCCAGAGAUGGAGGGAGAUGAAAGAAGUAAAAGAAGAAAAAAAAAACUGCUCUCUAUACUUUCUAAAGAUAGAUUUCUUCUUUUACUCUGAGAGGAAGGCUAACAGGGAGGCAGGUUGGGGUUUGGAUUGAAAGAGGGAGAGAAUUGAAGGAGGAGGGCAGGUUGUUUCAAACACAAAAGCAGAUGAAAGAAGUCUUUUGGCAGAAUAGACAGCAUGAUGGAGGCACACAUUAUUCGUACUGCACACAUACACACACACACCAUCUAACAAACACAGACCUGUGUUAGCAAAUAAUCCAGAUUUCCACUAAGCUAUUAAAUUCGGUCAGUUAAAUCACUGUUUCAUGCAUUUUCAAAUUGUCUAUUCACUCUGCAGAUCCCCAUAUUGACCAAUUUCAUCAUGUUGUGUCUCAUAAAAUGCUGUUUUGUGCUGUAGUCAACACAUAUUUUAGUUAUUUUGUGCUUGCAUAUCCAUUUUCUACCUUGCUAGCCCCUUUCUCCCUUCCGUUUCAAUCGACUUGUGUAUGAUUUACACAUUAUAUGACUCAUUCUAGCAGCCCUGUGCCAUAACCCAAUCAAUGUAGGUCCAAAAAUCAAACAGAGAAAUGAUAUAUGAUUGUAUUUAUGUUGUGCUACCCAUGCAGUUUUCUCCAACAUCUCUCUCUCUCUCUCCCUCUCUCUAUCAAACUUUCUGCAAGAUUUGGAAAAUGUGUUGGCGUCUUUUCAGUGCUUUUAAAUCAACCUUCCUUCACUUUCCUCUCCUGUCUCCAUCACAGACUACUUUGAAGCCCUUUAAUAUUUCUAAUUAGUUAAUGGAGCUGAUUGCAUUCAUAAAACCAUGCGGUAAGCAUUUCUAGCCCUCAGGCCAUCUCUAUUUUUCUCUCUCUCUUCCUCCUCCUCCUUCUCUUCCUCCGUUUCCUGGAGAAAUAUUACGGGUGAAAGCACUCUAACAGGUCCUCGGGCCCCCACUGGAACAGUGUAUGGUGCCAAAGAGCCAUCCAUGGCUUUGCCUGAAUAAAAAAGCUGCCUUUUUAUUCUUCUCUUUACUAAUUGGAGAGUAGAGAUAAAAUGGGGCUACAGGGAGUUUUAAUCUCCCCUCAGAUCCACGUGAUGAUUCUUCUCAGGCUCCUAGCCUAAGGGCUUUAAGCCAGGAUCAUUAGAAAGUGUUCAACAGUCGUCAAAAGAGUGUCUGGGCAUCUUUCUUUUUUAUCCUGCUUCUUUUAGUAUCUCUCCGUUAGUGAUUUAAUGUUUUGUCAAGGCCUGCAGUGAUUUCAGUUGACUGUGAGAAAGGAGAAUUUAGAGCCUGGAGGGUCUGUUGUGAAACUUCAUUUACAUUAUCAGAAGACUGAUUGGAUGCUUUCAUGGUCAUGUACUAAGUUGAGUAUUACAUUAACAGUAGAUUUCAGUGAGAUGAAAUCAACCAUGUUUAGCCUAGGAGGUAACUGUUUACUCUGGGCAAACUGUCAAAAUGCAGAAUAAUCAUGUUUAUUUCAUUUUUUUUUUUUAUUUUGCACUGAAUAACAUGAACAUAUUAUUUUAUUUAGUGGGAUGGUUAAGACGACUGCCAACAUUAUUUGAAGACAUGUUCAUAAUCUCCAGGCCACUUUGAGUUUUCUGAGUGUGCUUGGAGAUAGGGGUGGGUGAUAUGGCAAAAGUAUCGUAUCAUGAUUUUUUUCAGGCAGGAUCACGAUCCACGAUCUUAUCACGAUUAUUUUUCAUAUUGGUUUUUAAGAUUCAAAAACUUUAUUGUCUAUCACAUGAUGUCUUUGUCUAGGUUAGCUUAGGGGCUCACGAACAACAUAAAAAUAUACACCCAUGAAAGACUCACAUAAAGUUGUGCAAAGCUACAUUAAAAAGUAGUGGCAGUCUAUUUGGCCUUGUUUAAAAUGGAUAUUGCAGUGUAAAAGCAUUAGUGCGUCGUUUUCAGAUAACUGUUAGUCCAGUCCAACUGUUAGCCCAGCUGUUACUUUAACAUGAUGUGCAGCAGGUGAGCCUCUUCGCAGGACAUCGACACUGCCGUAGAUUUCACAAACACGCUACCAAGCAUCAAAUCUGUGAGCUAACUGGUGAGCUGGCAACGUGACAAUGCGAGUUUGGGCUCCUGAUGUGAACUGUGCAGAUAAUUUGCUCUGCUGUGAUCUCGUUUUUACCCAAAGUCCUUGUCGCUGGGGGUCGUUUUCUCCAGCAGAUUGGAGAUGCGGUACGAGGUGCUCGCCAUGUCGGUGCUGUUACCCGUUAGCCUCCUGCUAGCAGACGUCACAGAGCUGAACCGAUACCAUGUGCGCCGUAGCAUGAUACUAAUGAUCUCUAUGUAAAAGCAGAUUGUGGAGACAUUUUAAUUGUUCACGAUCUACUAUCGUCAUAUCGCACACCCCUACUUGGAGAUGUCUGUCUUGGUUGGCCAGAUAUUUUUUGAUCACCUGUAUUUCACUCCUUUGUUCUCCUUCUUUCUUUUUUUGUUGUUUUCACCUUCGAUUUCCGUGAUGUGAAAUCACAGAUUUUAGGGGUAAAAGUACAAAUAUAUGUUGAGAAAAUCUACCUUGAUGAUGUCAUUUUUAUCAAAUAGGUGAUGUUGUUAUUGUUCUUUGAUUUAUUGUUUUAAUAUAAGAGUUUUUUAUUAAUCAAAGAGGUUUUUCUUGAACUGUUGGAAGCAGAAAAGACUGAUCAUUCUGAAACGUGGCCUCAGCAAGGGAUGAAUAUAAAAUUAGCUCUUAUUGAAACUAUGAUUAGCUUUGGACUCACCCAGACUGAAUAAAACCAACCUCGGGAUCAUCCCUGGCUUUAGGCACAGCACUGUUACAUUUACUCUUGUGCACUUUCUCUGCCUCUGUGAAGGAAACACCUGAACUUUAUGAUUGUCUUUUUGAAUUCUUGUUUAGCAGCGCUCGAUGUCACUGUUUUGCACUUCAAGCAAAUCAAAUAUUGAACUAUACCAAGAAAGAUUAAGCCAAUAAAGGCUCACAAUACAAAGAAUUAAAUGAAGAAAUUUUCAACACCCAAAACUCCUGAAAAUGAAUACACUUCAAUUAGCAUAGGAUUUGUUGUUUGUGGUAAUAUUUGAAUUGAAAUGAAACUUUUGAGUCUUUUGUUUAUGCUCUAAUUGGGUUUGAAAGUCAAUUUUGGGUCAAUUCAAGCAAUUAAAGAUGUGAUUUUUAUCACUUCUUUGAUUUCAAGGAAAUUACCUCAUAUUUAAUCCUUGAGCAAAUAUCUUUAUGUUUAUUUAACAUAUAGCAGGUCUCAUUUGACGGUAUUCUUACUAUUAUUUAGAGAUUGAUAUAGUAAUGAGUAUUGGAAGUUUGUAAAAAUACAAGGUUUCAUCCGGGGAUGCCUCACGUUAAAAUUGUCUUAUUGAAAAAUGACUUAAUCUUACUGAGGAAAUGAGGCUCUCUAUCUUUUUUUCAUAUCUAACAUAAGUUUUCACCUCUUAUCUUUUGAAAACCUUUUACGGUUUCACUUCAUAAUGUGUUUUUUGGUUCCCUUGCCCCAGCAAUAAAUGAUUAUCGGCUGCACAGAUAUUGCUCUAUUUUUUUUUUUUUUCUUAGGAUUUGUAAUAUCAAUUUCCUUGAAUAAAACUGAAUUGAAGCAGAAUUGAGCUUUCCAAACCAUUCAAAGCCUUGCACUUCGGUCUGCCUCAGAAAUAUGAAGUGGUAUUUUAGCUUGUUGAAUUUCAUGGUCUUGGAAUAAAAAGAAAAUAUAUUGCGGGGAAUGUAACGGUAAUAAAAGUAAUAUUUUUCUAUGA